GCAUGGGAGCGGAUAACAGGACUGUGAUUCUUGCACCAAGGAUCGCCAUUUUCUAACUUUGCAAUCGUAAAGUCUCAUUUGAGAAGCUAAAGUUGUUGUCUGCUAAGUGGUUCACAAACUUUUUUAUCAAAAUGAAGAUAUCCAGGACCUUCCUGCUCCAGAUGUGUGUGAUUCUGGUGGUUUCUAUUGCCUCCUGCACCUGUAAGCCUCUCAGUAACAACAUCCAAAGCGAAGAGCUGGAGAAAUUCUACUUGCAGUUGUCAGAGGAUCUGUUAGAGGAAGAAAACACAGAGCCUCAAAUGGAAGAUUUCUUGCCAAACAUGAAGGAAGGCUUUCUGAGACAACUUAACCUUUCAGAUGUUCCACAGGAGGAUCGCAAAAUCUCGCCCCCUCAGUUCAUGUUGGAGCUGUACAACAAGUAUGCCUCGAAUAGGUCGGCAGUCCCACAGUUUGAUGUCAUACGAAGCUUCACUGUCCAAGAUGUCAGUCUGAACAUGACAAAUGGCCCAAAGUCAAGGUGCAGGCUGCUGUUCAAUAUUAGUGUCCCCAACCAUGAAAAGAUUAUCACUGCUGAACUACAGCUCCUCUUCUUUCCAGAUGCCAGGUCAAAUGUCACAUCACAGAGUUUCAAAGCCACUGUCAAAGUCUAUGAAGCUGAUGGCAACAAUUUUGCAUCAUCUACACACCUGCUGUAUGGCGAAGAGGUGGUGGCCUCACAGAGCACACGGGCAAAGUUUGAAGUGACAAGAGCAAUUCAAAGCUGGAUUAAGUCAGGCCAAGGGCCAACUGCUUUUGAUGUAGUGGUGGAUAGGAAGGACUGUGGCGCCUCUGACAGUACAAAGGGAAAGGGCUGUUUGAAUAUGAGUAUGUCUGUCGGAGAUAAUGCUGCAGCUGCUUUAAUAAUCUUCUCAGAUGACUUUAAUAGCAGAAGGAGGGAGACAAAGAAGGAGCUUAAAGAGAUGAUCCUUCAUGAGGAAGAAAUCUUCCUUCUCACCGGGGCUGACUGGAACAGAGGGAAUCAAGUUCCAAGUGAGGUUCCCCAUUUUCAGCGCCCACGUAGAACAAAAAGAAAGGCCGACAGGGAAUACUGCCACCGAACCUCGCUUAAAGUCAACUUUAAAGACAUCGGCUGGGACAGCUGGAUUGUGGCGCCUCCAGAGUAUGAUGCCUUUGAGUGCCGAGGAAUGUGUUUCUACCCGCUGACAGAUGAGUUGACCCCAUCAAAGCACGCUCUCAUCCAGACGCUGGUGAAUCUCAGAGACCCCAAAAAGGCCAACAUGGCUUGCUGUGUCCCAAUAAAAUUGGACCCUAUAACAGUCAUGUAUCAGGAGAAUGGGCGCAUCACUAUCAGAUACCUUUAUGAGGAGAUGAAGGUGGCAGAGUGUGGUUGCAGGUAGUCAGAAAGAGUCAGGCUAUAGCAGCUAGAAGGUGAAUUAAAGCACAGCUUAUGCCAGAAAGGACAAUGGUUUAAGAUGUCUGUUUUAUUCUAUUAAUUUGAGAUUAAGAUGUAUUUACCACUGCUAUUCAAACACAAGCAGAAAACAUACCAUAUCUAGUUUGCCCAAACAUUCAAGAAUCCCUUUCUCCUUCACAUUAUAACAAAUAUCUUCAAUACUCAUUUAAUUAAGGGCUUGCACAUUCAGUGAUGGAAGAUUUUUUUUACCAGUACCAUAUUUUUGAAUUCAAAUAAAAGGAUUUUUUAUAAAUUUUUGUAGCGCUUGAAAUAAUGACACAAUGCACAGGAAACCAAAGAACACAUGCACUUUUUACAGUGCAAAUUUCUUUCUUGUAAAGCAUGUAUAACAUUGUUGGCUUUGGGUCCAUUUGGUUCUCAGCUUUAGGGUAAAUAAAACAAUGGGUAUAUAAAGUUUAAACAUAAUGUAGACAAUGACACUCAUGACUUUACAUGAGUUUUUCUCGUGGCAUUUUAAGCUGCUUAUAGUUAUGGACUUUGACUAGGUCACUACAAGUGCCCUUUAUUCAGCUUCACCCAUCUUUUAAUCAAUCAAUGCAUAGCAUUUUGCAGAGAGGCCAGGAAAUUCAGGUUGGUAUCCUCUGAUCAGAGCAGCUUCUUCUAUAUGUUUGCUGUGUCCCCUACAUGGAUUUUGGCAAACUUAAAACGUGAGCUAUAAUGGCUUUCUUUUACAAUAGUUUUCAUUUUGUCACUCUUCCAAAAAGGCCAGAUUUGUGGAGUGCACAACUAUUCCCCCACCUGUGCUGUGGAUCUCUGCAGCUCCUUCGGAGAUACCAUGGGUAUCAUGGCUGUAUUUCUGAUUAAUACUUCCUUUGCCUGGGUCAUCUGUUUAGGUAGACCAAUCUUUCUUAGUAUGUUUGCAGUGGUGCUUAACUCUUUCUGGUAUCGAAUGGUAGAUUGAACAGUGUUCACAGUGUUCACACUUAAGGAUAUUGUUGUAAAACCCAACCGUACUCUAAACUUCACAUCUUUCUCGAUGAUGUGUCUGCUGUGUUCCUUGGUCUUCAUGCUGUUUGUUCACAAAUAUCCUCCAACAAACCUCUGAGGCCUUUAAAACAGCUGAAUUAUACUAAGAUUAAAUUACACACAGGUGUAACUCUAGUUACUUAAUAGGUGACUUCUGAAGGCAAUUGGGUGUAAGGGGUGUCAAAGUACAGAGGGCUAUAUAUAUAUACAGGGGUUGGACAAUGAAACAAACACCUGAUUUUAGACCACAAUAAUUUAUUAGUAUGGUGUAGGGCCUC